GUCACAUAAAUGGAUACAAGCAAAAAAGAAGAGAGUAUAAAUAUUGUGAACAUCAUAUUAAUGAUGCUCUAAGAGCUGCACAUACACAUUUUCGAAACUGUGGUUGUGUUUCGUCAGAACAAAAAAAAAGGUAUUUUGGUAAUUUGUAUAAAGAAGAGGAACAUGAUAGUGGCAUAUUUGAUGCCUCUACUCUAGUUGCAUCAGCUUCUUUAUUAGCAGAAGUUGUAUCAACUUCUACUUUAGUUGUGUCAAAUUUAUUUACGUCUCGAAGAAUAUCUAAAAAUACAAGAGGUGAAAAUAAAUUGACGGAAGGCGAAGAUGAGAAUAUAGAAAUAUCUGAAUCAGAAAUUGAGUUAUUAACUGAAAGUGAUAUAGAUAACGAGUGA